ACUAAGAAACCAAUCAAAUUCGUCCAUUUUUUUUCCCUCUUUUGCUUUUUUUUUCUUUCUUCUUUCUUCUUUCUCCUCGUCACUCUUCAGAUUCCGGGAAUAAAGAGAGAAAAGUUUCAAUCUUUUUGUUAGCCGGAGAUGGUUACGCCGAACUGGGAACUCCGAGGUUGCUGUAACCGGAAUCAGAAUACUUUCCUCAUCACCAUCGGAAUCUUCACCGUCGUUAUCCUCUUGCUAUGGAGGACAUUUCUAUUGACUCCAUUUAAACUUAUUACGGUGUUUUUGCACGAAGCGAGUCAUGCUGUUGCUUGCAAGCUUACUUGUGGAGAUGUGGAGGGUAUGGAGGUGAAUGCAAAUGAAGGGGGUUCGACAACAACACGUGGUGGCAUUUACUGGCUGAUCUUACCUGCUGGCUAUCUCGGGUCAUCAUUUUGGGGAAUGGCUUUGAUUCUUGCAUCUACCAAUCUGCUUACAGCAAGAAUAGCUGCUGCUGGUUUGGGUCUUGCUUUAUUCAUCGUCCUCUUCAUUGCCAAAAACUGGACGCUUCGAGGUCUUUGUAUAGGUUUCAUAGUUUUCCUCGCUAUCAUAUGGGUUCUACAAGAGCUAACUACAGUCAAAAUUCUCCGUUAUGUCAUUCUAUUCAUUGGUGUGAUGAAUAGCUUAUUCUCAGUUUAUGAUAUCUAUGAUGACCUGAUAUCUCGGAGGGUCCAUUCGAGCGAUGCUGAGAAGUUUGCAGAGAUCUGUCCUUGCUGUACUGGUUGUGGCUGGGGUGUCAUCUGGGGAAUGAUAUCUUUUGCAUUUCUUUGCGCAUCGCUCUAUCUUGGCCUAGUGAUCUUAUCGUAAAACCGUCAUUCUUUGAUGAAUCUGUUGGUGUCUCUCAGGUUCAGAUUCUUCUUAGUGAAAUGCAGAGACAAUAGAUUGAUGAUGACAAAAACAAAAGAAAACUUGAUUCUUUAUUAGAUCCCUUGGUGUGUUGGGGGAUUUACAUUUGAUUGAAACCAUAGGGUUUAUUUGAGAGUUUGUAAUGUAAAAUUCAUAGGAAAAAUAUUGAUUUGGUCUCUGUUUAUUGUAUUGAAAAGUUCGUUGACUUCUUCAACAGAAUAGAAAAAAAAGGUCCAUUGACUUUUUAGAUGAGCUA